CAUCCAGUCUAGUUUUAGCGUCUCUUUGUUUUGAACCGCAAUGAUAAAAUUUUAUUUUCUAUAUCCAAAGCUGGUCUAUAAUUAAAUCGUGUAAUAUAACCAAAUAUAUUAAAACUCUUUUUGUAUUUUUAAGCGUGUGCUUAAGCAUCUCAAGCUCAGUGACACGUUGAUGCUACAAUAUGGCUUCCGAAUCUGAAUUUCACAAAACCUUAGUCGUAAACAUUGGUAAUUUCGAGAAGAUACAAACGUUUUUAAAUGACAAUGAAAAGUACAAGGAAUUACUUGAAAACAGUGAAAAUUUUAACACUCGUCUGUGCAUUGAACGACGACUUCGAAUGCCAUUUCUUGACCCUCAGACAGGGGUCGCACAGACGCAUUGUUCUCUCUUCAUGAAAAAAAAACAGCGUAUGCCAGGAUUCCGACAUGGCCAGAUAUACACUUAUCCAUCUUCACGCUGGUGCAAACCCAAGCGUCAGUAUUUACUCAACCCAAACCAGAGCUACCGAGCUUAUCAGUAUCGCGAGCACAAUCUUCAGCACACACACCACCAACCGCACCAGUAUCAACUUCAUCACCAUGCUCAAUCGUCAGGAGUUGCUGUCCCACGAGAUCUUCAUCUUGCUGACACUGCAGCGAUUGUUGCUACAGAUGGCAACUCGAUGGGAGCAUCUGGAGACAAUGAUAGUAAGGAUUCUCAUGCAAACGCCGAAAAAGAUUGGUUAAACGAGGAAGUUGACACACCACAUUAUCAUCAGGGUGAUGAUUAUGAGGAUGAUUUUGAUUCUGAUAAUGAUUUUGACGAAUCUUACACUAGCCGUGGUAAACGCAAAAAGGGUUCGCGAACACGACGGACAAAUGCUAAUGUAGAAGGCACUCCCAAACGAGGUCGUAAAGGAGGUGGCAACCGUCGGAGAAACGCUGUUGACGGAGAAUCAGACCGAAGACGUCGGGGCGGUGGAAAUGGGGCAAAUACAUCUGCAGCUGCAGCGGCAGCUGCUGCAGCCGUUGCACACGCAGCCAGUACUGCGGCAGCUGCAUCCGCUACAGGUCUCUAUGCUUCUCACUCAAACUCUGCUUCUCCUAUUCCAACACACGACGAUAACUCCCAGUCAACACUGAUAACGCCAGCAAACAUAGCUUUGCCAUACGAAAAGGCGUUAAGCGACGCUGGGGCUUCUAAUGAUUCGAUUCCUUUGUCGACAAUGGCUGGAGUAAGCAUGGGCACGAUUGCUACUUCUAUUGUUUCUAAUGCCUUGCCUGUGCAUGGAGUAACAAAUCCUUCGAUUUUUGCUACGGGGCCUAGUCCUAUGAGGGUCAAACAACGCAUUGAACGCGACAUUGCUCAGCCGUCUCCUUACUGUGACUUUUGUUUGGGUGAUCAGCGGGAAAACAAAAAAACCAAUAUGCCCGAGGAGCUUGUAUCUUGCUCGGACUGCGGUCGCUCUGGCCAUCCAUCAUGUUUGCAGUUCACAGCAAACAUGAUAGUAUCCGUUAAACGUUAUCGUUGGCAAUGCAUCGAAUGCAAGUAUUGUUCCAUCUGUGGGACCUCGGACAAUGACGACCAACUGUUAUUUUGCGAUGAUUGUGACCGUGGAUACCAUAUGUACUGCCUAUCGCCACCGUUAACUACUCCACCAGAAGGGUCUUGGAGCUGCAAAUUAUGCGUGGAAGAGUUUCACAAGAAUUAAUAAGCUUAUACUUAUGUUCUUUCAUUAAUAAUGCAAAUUUAGUUUAUUCAUUUACAUUACAAACUAUAAAAAAUCA